GAGUCGUUGCUAAGGCACGCGAGAGGGAAAAACUGUGUCUCUAACUUUCUAUGCUUUCGACUCUCUUUUGACAUUAUAAUUUCUCUCGACAAAGCCUUACCCUGUCAACACCGUUGCGAUACUGGAACGGACAUAGAGAGGAUCUAGAAGUAUUACCUUAAGGUGAUAUGUUCAUACUAAGUUAUUAAAGAUUCUUGCCACUGAAGUAAGGCCUACAUACAAAACCUAUUUAUACAGAAUGCCUGAAACGACAAAGCCUUGUAGCAGUAUAGAUGGAUUGGGGAUUUUUGAUGAGGUGUUUCCAGAUGAUGUUUCAAUCAGUGACCUAUGUGACUGUGGGCGACAUAAAAGACAGCACAGUCACAAAAUUAUUCAAUCAGACAAACGAGAGCCUUUUCCAAAAUCAGACUACAUGUCCACGUUUGAAGCAGUGCGACACCCAAGACCAAGGUCUUCUAAGCGUCCACCAAUCCAGCAAUGGGAUCCUAGGUUACCUCCCAUGUAUAUUUCCACCAAUCAGAGAGAUUCGUUUAAAGAUUUGGGAAAUGUAGAGAGAGUCAGGCCAAUCAUUCAGGUUGAUAAAUAUGAGCCUUCAUCUGAACCUAUGGAAGUGACAACAUAUUACUCUCAGGAGUUUACUCCUAAGCAGUUAAGUAAUGAAAACAAUCGCCCUCCGCCUCGCCGAGAUUUGAUCCAGCGUGAGCCUGCAAUCUUUGAAGACAUGACCACCAACAAACAACACUUCAAGAGAUGGGUGCCUCAGCCAACACUGAGUUUUGGGGAGCUUCCCAGUUUUACAGGAUCAAUUCUAUAUCCUGAUAAAGAAAACAUCCCAUCUUCAACCACUCAUCACACCUACACUGGAAAAUUUGUGGCUCCUCCACCUCCUGCUAAAAUACCAGAUUCCAGUAUUAAAUUGGAAGGAGAGCACUUGUUUGACACAACCCACAACUCCACCUACAAACAGAUAGAGGGUGACCACAGAGCCAGACAAACUCUACAGAAAGAUUCCACAACCUUAUCAAACCGCGGCAAGUUUCUGGGCGUGUCCCAAACACAGGAGGAUUUCCCAGGUUUUGGGAGAGAUCAGCCACGCCCGCCCCGAGCUGUUGACCCUCCCCAGCCCACCAUUGAUUUGAAGUUUGACAAUAAGCAAAGCUUUUCAACAGAAAACCGAGCAACCUACAAAGGCCAUGAUGUUAAACAGCACCCAGUGGUAGCUUCUUGCAAAAAGGAGGAAGAAAAUUUUAAACUGCCGUCAGUCAAGUUUGAAACUGAAACCUCCCAGAAGAGAGAUUAUCAGCCGAUUGAUCUGAAAGCAGCAAACGUUAAGGUUCGGGUUCCCAUGUCCACCCUAGCAGUUUCGUCGGAUGCACGUUUUGAUGGGAAGACAAUGAACAAUCACUUCUUUCCUGACUGGGGGGUCCAGCCUCGUGUUAGGUUUGGUGACUUCCACGAGAACAGACCAUACAUUCCCAGCAUGCAGCCCUUCAACGCACAAAGUGUGACUAAGUCCAGCUUUGUACCCAAGCCAGUAGAGCCCAUUAUAAAACAUCGCCCUGAAGAGAGGCCAAUGGCAAAAAGUGGGGAGGGCGAUUUUAAAACUGUGUACCAAGAAGAGUACCAGAAAAAACAGGCAAGAAUGUGUCGUGCUCAAGUAUUUCUAAUUCAGCAGGAGCUUAAAAGAAGGAAGAGGGAGGCUUUAAAGGAGCAGAAGCCAGAAGGAGAGACACGAGGAAAAUGUAACUCCGCACCAAAUACAACCACUUCUGUAAACUUAAACUCUAAAGCUCUGGCUUAGCAUUUAUUUCAACGGUUUUGGAAGAAAUAUUUUAUUGUGUUUUAAAUACAUUAUUUCUACUUUAUAAUAUGUACUAUAAUAGUCAACAAACUUUUAUAUUAUGAAUUUUAGACUUUUAUUUAAAAAGUAAAAACUUGGGUUAAAGGGUAAUAUCAUAUUAUUAUUUGUUGAUUGUGACUGCUGGUCUAAAGUUAAUAAUAUAAUGAUUGAAUAUUUGAUGAAUUUGAAAAAUUAGCUGUUUAUUUGUAGCAUAUAUUAUUUUUAAGAGAUGAAAAACUAAUGAAUUUUCUUGGAUACAGCCAAUUCUAAUCAGUUUGAAAUUAAUGUUGUACUUUAAUUAUUUAUAUUGGAGUAAUAAAAUGAGUCUACUUCCCUUAUUUCAGAGAUAAAUAAUCAACUAUCAGUGAAAUUUUUUCAGUAAACCAGCUUAGAUAUUAAAUCGUAUUGAUAAAAUUAUUGCAUUAUUUCAUAAAAAUGUAUUUGAUGAAUAUUCCCCAUUGCAUAAUAUCAAAAAAUUAACAAGACAAUCUUAUCCUGUUUAGAUAAAUGGCUAUUGAGUUGUAAAAAAUAUUUUGUUCAGAACCAAAAAAAUUACAGAUAUUACAGAAGUAUUUUUUUGUUCAUUCAGGUUUAAAGAGUGAACGUUAAUUCACUCCAAUGAAACACUUAAAAAAAGGUAAAAUGAGUCUGUAAUUUAAAUUACUUCUUGCUAUCAGCUGUAAAAAGUGUUCUGCUGAAAAAUUCUGAUGCCUUUUAAAAUGCCAAAAUAGAUAUAAACUUAUGAUUUCUGUUAUUAAAUCAAAUUUGUAUCAAUUUUUUGCCAUUUAAGUAUUAUAUAUACAACUGUAUAGCAUUUACACAACAUAUAAUAAUAUAUAUUUUUAAAAAUGUUAUGAAAUCAUUGAAUAUAAAUCUGAUUAUUUAAGAAAGCAAUACUCCAGAAAAUGGUAUUUUCUUUUGUGAUUUUAGAAUUAUAAAAUUGAUAAAGACUGCUUGACCAUUAUUUACAAACAAGCAAUAUUUCAAAAGCAUUUUGUUCAUAAUUGUUACCUUUUAUAUCAGAAAAUACAGCUUUAUUAUUAAAACUGAGAAAAAAGCAAUACUCCAAACAUGAUUUUUUUUUCUUUUUCAUUAUGAAAACAAGCAAUGAAUAUAUUAAUAUCUAUAAGUACAGCAAUUACAAUUUGAAGUGUGAUAUACUUUUAUAUCAAUUCAUCUUUCUUAUCUAAAUGAAGCAUUAAGACUUAAGUUUAUAAAAAAUGUUUCAUAAGAACAGAAACGAAGUAGAUAAAACACCAUUGGUGAUUUUUUUUUAUACUUGGUGUGACUAAAUGAUUUUUUAAUUAAUGUAGUCGGAGUGUAUUUUCAAAAAUCAAACUGUAGACUUAGAAUUGCACUUUUAAAAUACUUUUCAUUCAUGUAGUAAAAAGUUUGUCUUGUGCUACACUUUUUGAAAAUCAAAUUGUUAUGGAAGUUCUAUUGUUGUGUUCAUUUUCCUUUGUUCAACAAGUGUUUUACAGCAAUUUAAAGUAUUGCAUUAGAAGGAGCUCACCAGACACUUUGGAAAUAACUUUUGUUUAAUUGUGAAUAAGUUCCUAAAAAUAUCAUAUUUAUGUUAGCAAACUAAAACACUGCUGACUUUUGUUACAAUGAAAACUAUUAAUUCACGAGUUUAACUGUUAACAUAAUUCAAAUUAUCAUUCAAAUGAGAGAGUAAAAUUUCUUUCAGAAAUUCAAGUUAAAACUACAAAGAAUUUGUGUCACCAUUUCCAAGUACUAUUCUUGUAAUAACUGUAGACUGGUAAAAAAUGUUAUCUAAAACAAGAUAUUGCCAAAAUCUUAUAUUUUUUCCAAAAAGUUUGAAUAUCUGUUAGUUAUUCAAAUUCUCUUAAUGUAAUUAAUGAAUUAUUUAUUGUUUGCCUUAUUACUAUGUUAUUGAUGACAUUUGUCAAAAGCUAUUAGCCAUACAUUACAAUAUAAGGAUUAUAUUUUUUAAAGAUAACAUUCUUUUUGUGUACAAUAGAAAUAUCUAAAUUUUUGAAAGCAUUUUUUGAAAUGCACAACUUACUCUUUAUGUUUUUGAAAGAGAUUUUGUAACUUUGCAAAAGAAAAGCAUUAUCAAAUGUUAGAAACUGGUAUCUUGAAUGAGUACUAGAUCAAAUUGUCAAGAUUGCAAAUAUUCUGUCUCAAUUAUGUCUGUUUUAACAAAUAUUUUAUUGUGAUUUUUAUAUCAAAGUGUGAUAUUUUUUCAGCUUUUUUUAUACUGUGCUUUUAAAUCAAAUAAAUUUUUUUUUGAA